CCCAGGAGAAGAAGUCGGUUAGCUCUCAGUGACAACAGAGACAGAAUAGUACACAGUGUUUUUUUUCCCUUUGCUUUGCUUUGACCAGUCACCUGUGGAACAUGUGGAGACUCCAGAGUCUGAAGGUUUUUAUCAACCAGCGGCUGACUGCGGCAGUGGAGGAGGUAAUUGGCCGUUUGGAGAAAACGAUAACCGAGUAUGAAGAGGAGAUGGCGCACCGCCACCACAGGCUGUUGGAGACGGCGCUAAAACCCGAGGAGGAGCGGCAGAGAGCGGUGUUUUGUGCAGAUGUCCAGCAGCAGUUGGUGAUUAAAGAGGAGGCUCUUUCUGAGCAGCAGCAGCAGCAGCAGCAGCAGUGGAGCCCCAGCCUGGACCAGGAGGACCCACAGUGCCCACACAUUAAAGAGGAAAAAGAGGAUUUCUGGACCGAGGAGGUUAGGAGUCAGCUCACAGGACUGCACGAGGACCAUAUCACCAAGCUCCCAUCCACGCAUGUGCCUGUGAAGAGUGAGGAGAGGGAGAAAUCUCAGUCCUCACAGCUUCAUCAGAGACAAACUGAGGACUGCCAAGAGACAGAACCUACAGCCAGCAGCUCAACUGGACAGGUGAAAACAGAACCUGAUGGAGAGGACUAUGGAGGACCAGGACCAGACAGGAUCUUAGUAUCUGAUUUUAAAUUUGAAUCUGAAUCUGAUGGCAAGACCUCACACUCUUUUGAAGCCAGUGGCGAUGACUGGAAGGAGAUCAGGAAACCUCAGACGGAUUUAAAUACUGUGAAAAAUACGGUUCCUGUGAGUGAUAUGGGAUGCAGCACGGCCGUUAAAUCAUUCAGCUGCUCAAAAUGUGGGAAAAGAUUUGGCCAGAAGCACCAUCUGCAGACACACAUGAGGUGUCACACCGGGGAGAAGCCUUUCAGUUGCUCUCUCUGUGGUAAAAGAUUCACUCAGAAGGGAAACCUGACGCAGCACCUGACGGUCCACACGCGGGAGAAACCGUGCAGCUGUCCGGUUUGUGGGGAACGAUUUUCACAGAGAGGAAAUCUGACACAGCACAUGACAGUCCACACAAGAGAAAAGCUCUCUGACUGCACUGUGAUUCGAUUUGAAUAACACUCAUGACUGGUGUUACCUGAAUCCUUCUGCUCUGAUGUUUCAUGGAAUGACAGUGUUUGAACAUUACAGUGAGAUGACUGUACUUGCCUGUGUCAGGAAGCAGGGGGCGCUCCUUCACUGCUGUAGGGUGGAGGUGUGAACAAAACCAGCAGGGCUCUGCUCUGGAGGAGCAUUUCUCCUCUACAAUACUAUUCACAACAACCUCUCACACUCACCGUCACACACACACACACACACACCCUACAGAGAGAGAGAGCUGGGUUUACACUAGUGUAUCUCUUCAUCUG